CUGCCAGUGCCUUCGUUUCUCUUCCCUGUGUGCCGAGCGAGGGCAAGAAGAGCUAGUGCAGAAAGAUCGAAUCGACCUCAUCGCUGGUCUGAGUCGCGCGCAGCAAUGGGAGGUUUCUGUUCGCAGCCGCAGCGGAGCGCCAAGCAUGUGGUCAUCGUUGGAGGGUCGGUCAACUCGAACGAACGAACAGGGGGCAGGGAGGAGAGGAGGAGAUGCAUCUGUGCGUGUGUUUGUGUUUCACAUGUGUCUGCAGAGGUUUGGGCGGCAAGUCGAUGGCGGGCCUCGCAGACACAGCUUUCGCCGUCACUCUCGUCGAGAAACGGGGUACGGGGCACUGGGUAGCACUGGGGCGGGGGAAGCUCAUGUGUGCAGAGGCAUGCAUUUGCAAUUGCAAUGCAGGUGCGAUGAUCUACAAGAUCGGCAUGCCCCGAGGCCUCGUCGACACCUCCUUCGCCACCGACUGCCUGGUGAAAUGAAUGCUAUGACAAUGCCUUUCUUGCCGACACUGUGUGUGUGUCUGUUUGGUUUGCAGGUGCCAUACGACAAGCUGAUGCCCAAUGGCGGCACUGUGCGGACGGGUGUGGCGGUGACUCGUGUGGACGGCAGUGCGUCGAAGGUCCACCUCGACAAUGGCAGCGACCUUUCGUACGACUACCUCAUUCUCGCCGUCGGGGCCCGCAGUCACAGCCCUUGCGAGCCGCCCCCCAACGCCUGUGACGAGACAUCCACUGCUGGCAUCAUUGAGUACUUCAAGAAGGUGAUCGGCUCUCUGAUCGGCAAAUCGGCAGAUCGGGAGCAUUUCCGUCGGUCAUGACGAUGACGAUGGUGUGUGUCAUUGCAGGUGUGUGAGGAGAUCAAGACGGCGAGCAGGGUGGUGCUAGUGGGGGGCGGGCCAGUGGGUGUGGAGCUGGCGGGGGAGAUCAGGCAGGCCUUCGGGGCGGAGAAGAGCAUCACCGUCUGCCACAGCGGGCCGGCGCCGUGCCACAAUCAGCAGGGCAUCGACACGCCAGCUGGUACUCUCACCGACCGAGAGAGCGAGCGACCGAUAGCCAUCCUCUCUCUCUCUCCUUUCCUUCCCUGGUCGUCGCUUGGUGCGUGCAGCCUUCCAGAAGAAGCUGCUCGACGCGUGCAAAGCCCAGAACAUCGACCUGAAGCUCAAUGUCAAAGCCGACCUGUCCACACCGGCCGUCCAAGAGCAGCUUGCCCAGAAGGGCUAUGCCACCGGAGACCUCCCCAUCACCCUCUCUGACGGAGAGGUCAUCCAGGCUGACAUGGUGAUUUCCUGCAUCGGCGCCACACCUGGCGGACAAACCCUUGAAGGCGUCACGUUGGACGGGAAGGGCGCGAUCAAGGUCAACGAGCACCUGCAGGUGGAAGGCUUCGACGCGGGCAAUGUGUUCGCCAUCGGAGAUUGCACCAACACCCAGGAGCUGCGGCUGUCCGGCACUGUAGGCCACCGACUGGGAGAAGGGAAGGAAGAAUGUUUUUCCUUACUCUCUCUCUGUGUCUGUGUCGUUUUGUUUUUCAGGCGGCAGGGAAGUACAAGAUGGGCAUGAUGGGGGCGACGGGCAAUGCUGACGUGGUGUUUGACAACAUCAAAGCCAUCGAGAAGGGGAAGAAGCCGUCAGCCAAGAUCGUGCAGCCGCCCAAGACGGCGAUGAUGAUCGUCCCUGUCGGCACACACGACAAAGUACGCUACGCCUGUCGUGUGUGUCUGUGUCUCGCUGUCUCAAUGUGUGUGUGUGUGUGUGUGUGUGUGCAGAAGAUGGGCGCGGUGGUCGCUCCGGUGCCUAACAUGAGGCACGGGACGCUGAUGGGGUUCAAGCAGAAGGACUACUUCCUGAAGAUUCAGAGAGACAUCAUGAACGCACCCCUCUCAGCCAAGAAAUGACCAACGAUCAGUGAAUGGACAACGGGAACAAUGUAAUGAACACACACAUGACAGCGUGAGCAUCAUGUGUCUGUGCGUGUGAGUGAGAGAGACAGGCACACACAGUCUGCCUGCCUAUCUGCCUGUCUGUCUCCUUCUUUACGCCCGCGUGGCCGUCUUGUGGUUUGUUUGGCUUGAUUUCGGUGCGCCCGUGUCGAUUGUUCCUGUCUGUCUGUGUGCGGUGCAUUCGGACGGACAGGGGGUGAGGGUGUGGCGCGGCCAUGAGGUCGAUACACACACACAUCUGUCUCCUUCUUUACGCCCGCGUGGCCGUCUUGUGGUUUGUUUGGCUUGAUUUCGGUGCGCCCGUGUCGAUUGUUCCUGUCUGUCUGUGUGCGGUGCAUUCGGACGGACAGGGGGUGAGGGUGUGGCGCGGCCAUGAGGUCGAUACACACACACAGAGAGACAGAAAGAGAGAGACGACGAGUGGACAAUGAGCUCAUGUCGAGACCCAAUCACAGCCAUCC